UCAUCACUUCUCUCGAGUCUCGGCUCCGAUUGCGCCAGAGCGGCCACGUCCCUCACGUCUACUCAUUUGGGCGAAAUUGCCCGCCUUUUGGCUCAAUCGCUCGCUAUUUACUUAUUUACCUAUUUUCCUAUUUUCCUAGGUAGCCGAAAGGGUAUAAUUGUUUGGAUUGCGUGAAUUGAUCUGUCGUCAUAUCAUCCGCAACCAUUAUAUCGUAUCACGCCGAAUCGCACAAUCGGGUACAGAAGACGAGACGUAAACGAGACAUAACGCGCCGUUCCUAAUUAUUCCCUUUGAAUCUCCAAGCCACUCGACUACCUUAACUUUACCUUCCUUUCUUCAGCAGUUCCGGGAGAGGGAUAUACAUAUCUCUAUACCCUCCCUAUUGAUCUUGACGAUGCAUUACGCUUAUCCUCCUCGAAAAAGUUCGAACCCACCACCUUACCUACCUCGUUCCACCCGAAUACCGAGAAUAAGGAGGAGUCAACUUAAGCCGAUCGCUUUCUUUGCCCUAAUAAUUAUCGGGUUGAUAUGGGUAUUUUCCGGUGGCUCGAAACACGCAGGGCAUCGCAAGAUAUCCGGCAAGCCUCCAGUUGUGCUGGUAACCGUGUUCGAUGAUAAGAUUGACAACUCAGUGUAUAUCAAUAAUAUUAAGGAAAAUAGAAUGCAAUAUGCGGAGAAACAUGGGUAUGGUACACUACUCGCCAAAGCGAGCGACUACAACCUCAUGGGAUCCCCUGCGUCUUGGGCAAAGGUUGUAGCAAUGCGCCAUGCGAUGACCAAAUACCCCGAUUGUAAAUACAUGUGGUUUCUCGAUCAGAACGCGCUUAUUAUGAAUCCGCAUCUGAAGGUGGAAGACUACGUCAUGGGCGCCAGCAAACUCGAAACCACCAUGCUUAAGGAUAUUCCUGUUGUCCCCCCAGACAGCAUUAUCAAGACAUUUUCCCACCUGAAAGGAAAUGAUGUCGAGUUCGUUCUUACGCAGGAUAAAGAAGGCCUGUCUUCGACCAGUUUCGUGAUCAAAAACGGCGAGUGGGCCAAAUUCUUCCUCGACACUUGGUUUGACCCGUUAUAUCGAAGCUACAACUUCCAAAAGGCGGAAACACAUGCCUUGGAACAUAUCGUCCAAUGGCAUCCAACGAUUUUGUCAAAGUUGGUCAUUGUUCCUCAGCAUAUAAUAAACGCCUACAACAAUAACGGUCACGGGGAGCAGUACAAGGAUGGCGAUAUCGCAGUCGUAUUCGCCCACUGUUCUAAUGUCGGAGAUCAUAGCUGUGCUAAAGAGGCGGAACGCUUUUCCCAGCAAUGGCGGACGUCAUUUUCCAGGGCAUGAGAGAACACGCGAUGAUGUAUUGACGAAAAUCAAACGUUUCGAUGCAGGUACCAAACCCGACGCCGCGACGAUCGAAGGGGAGAGUAGCGGCAUACAUGUUGUUU